AUGUCAGAAAACUGGGGCAAUUCGCCGUACCACGACUGGCAGUGGCAAUUUGUCUUUGGAGUAAUCCCAAUCGUCCUGCUUGUGCCAAGUGUUUUCUUUAUUCCAGAGAGCCACUACUGGGAGUACCGACGCAAGACAGACUCGAAAGCAGCAGAGACAGCACUUGCCCGCUUGCGCCAGCGUCACGAUGUUUUGGAAGAAGUGGGUGAGAUGAAAGACUCGUUUGUGGUCAAGGACGGCCGUGUAAACUGGGCGUUCCGGAUCGUCCUGGUGGUCGUGCUUCAAGCGACAUUUGCGCUUUUCACUUCUGGUGCCUUGCUAUACCGCGUCCUCGUGCAGCCGACACCAAGCCAGGCUGGCGCUCAAACAUCGAGGUGGGAAGUCUAUUACGGAACCAUGACGUUUGUGGGCACUGCGCUGAGUUUGUUGACGGUCGAUAAUGUGCGCCGUAAGACCAUUUUCAAGGAUGUGCUUCCGUUCUCGGCAGCGUUGUCGGCUGCAUGUGGUGCCCUGGGACUGGUAGACGACGAGAACAGCAGUAGUGUUACUCAGAUCUUGGCUUGCGUGGCAUUUGUCAGCGGGACCUUGAGUCUUACAUGCGGCACAUGGCUCACCGCUAUCGAGGUGUUUCCGCCGUACCAGAACGGACGAUACGUCACGAUGUCCUUCGCUGUGUACUACGUUGUGCGGGCCGCGAUCUAUGUCGCGGAGCCGUCGUUUGCUACUAGCCACUUCGUCUUUGCCGGACUGUGUCUAUUGCUCACAGUCUUCAUGUUCCUCGUGUGCGCGAGCACUCAGCACGGCGCUAUUGAACUCAAGAGCGAAAAGAAGAUGCGCAAGGAUGCCGAGGCUGCCCGCAACGCGCCAUCGUACAUGGCUCGCGUCUCCCGCUCGCAGAAUUUCCGUUGCUCGCGCUCUCAGUUGCGCCGUUCUUCGUUGCGCUACUCGGCGGUGGAUAUGGCACCGCAGGAAGGCAGCUACUCGAAUCUUGACUCGCCCACCGAUUCGAAGGCUGCAAAGGCGGCGCCCGCUGAGCAUCCGAUGGCUCGUAAGCAUUUGUAA